GUAGGGGAUUAAGAGCUAAGGCUGCCCGGCCUACGAUAUAGCUUUUCCCAGAGCCCCAUCCGGGCUUGAAUAUUACCAAUUGGUCCUCAUCUCUUCUUCUUUUCCUUUUUUCUUCUUCCUUUUUGGCUGUCAGCGCUGUGCACUCGCCGUCGAUCUACCCUUCUUUAAUACCGAUUGUUGUAUUCUACGCCAAGCAGGUCCGGCUACCUUGCAUUUCCAUUCACUUCUCACGACUGUCGAUUUUUUUUUCGAGGUGGUUCUAUCUUCUCUCGCUCGCUAGUCGACAUUCGUUUGCACCUGGUGUGUGUUUUGUUUGGAUUCUAAAAGAGGGACUGAGCGCUUGGGAUCAUUUGGGACUUCAGGAAGAAGGAGAAAAGUACUAAGGCAAGAAAGAGCCUUGGGAUUUUCGAAGAGCAAAAAAAAGAGGACCAAUUUUAUUAAGAGAUUCUAAGAAGGAAUUGUCAAAAUGGGAAGACUCAUCAAGAACCAUUGGGCCAGACUCAUCGUGCUUACAGCUUCAGCUUAUCAAAUAGCUGCGGCACUCGAAGCGUUCUUCUGGCCUAAGAUAUUCUUCGACUUCCUGACGAAAUCAUUAGAUCCGGCCGUUAAACCGGUCCCGGCGUUGCAAAUUAUAAACCUAAUUUUAGGUAUAGUGAUAUUCGCUUGGGAAUGGCCGUUAAAUCUUCUUGCCGGAACCUCGAUUCAUCGGAGCAUGGAGGCUCGUCUCGCCACAUAUCCACUGGCAGCACUCGCCGCGAUUCUUAUCUACCAGGGCACCAACGCUGCAAUUUAUUAUCUGGUAGCGAUGAUGGUUUACUUUUGGGCAUACAGUGAAGGCGAGAUUGUAUGUGCCAAACCAUGGACUCUACCAGAGCGAGGUCGUUCCGGGGGAUCCAAAGCGUAAAGGUAGAACGGCGAUUAACCUUACUUUCGACGAAGCAAAUAUACCUAUACCUAGGGGUCGUGUUUUAUACGGCAACUUAGCCCUCUCCUUUUCCCUUACUUUUAACGUACCUUAGGUACACACGCUCCCCUAGUUUCUUUAACGUGGGUGCUAAUAUUCGCAAUAUACCCCUAAUGUGAGGAAGGGAGGAAGCGAGAUAC